UUCAGUUUCACGAUUCAAACGAGUAGUUUCUCACUGACAUAAGGACCUUACGAGCAGUUUCCCUAUUUCGGGUUGCUUUGGAAUUUCGGUCUUACAGUGACUUUAGUGUCUUUCUACCUUGCGCCGUAAAGCUUGAUUUGCUUAUUAGAUCUAGAAAGGCAGACCAGCGAUUUUAGUACGAGACAAUUAGCAAGAAAGUUACUUAGCGAGCAUUUUACAUUUGUUUAGUGUGUCCGUCGUUCCGCAAUCGUUCUUUCUCAUGUUGCUUUUGUAGUCCACUGUACAGCAGCACGAUGAAUCCUGGCUUUAAUCAACCCCCGCAUCAGAGACCGCCUAGAGCUCAGUGGGAUGGGAGAAUUGACAGCACGACUCCGCUUCCUGGUGCCGGGAAUGCUGCGAGCAGUUUAGGUUUCAACGGAACCACAGACCCUAAUAUCCCUUGGACGGGAGGAAGUAACUUUAAUCUUUCCUACCAGGGAACGUCGAACCUCGAUACCCCACUAGGCCCUCGAGCAGGUUCCGGUAGUUUCGCGACGAACAGCACGUCAGAGGUUGGAGUGCCAGGCGUUAGUGGUUUAAUUCCGGGGAGUUACACUUUAACCCCGUUUCAGGGUGAUAGACCUGUCAGCAGCAUUUAUCAGGCCAACCCGGAGGCUUUGCCGUUACAGCACGUCCCAGUGCAACGGAGCAGCCAAUCCCAGAUCGCCUCGUUACCAGCCAUGGAUUCUUUCGCGAUUGCAGGCCCUCCGGCGAUUCCGCUAGGUCAAGAGAGUGUUCAGACAGGCUUUGACGGUUCUAGUGCUAACUUUGGUGGACUUCAGGAUUCAGGAGUGGGAGGUUUUAAUCCGAUUGAAGGAGGCCCCGAGUUCAACCUCUAUAACGGGGACGGAAUCGACAAUCAGUCUCAGCCCGAAAAUAGCAUCUUUGAGCAUGACGCUGUUUUCAUGGUCAACAUGUUCCUGGGCGGGGGAGGCGGUAUGGAUGGAGAGAAUGGAGCGGGUGCCGAGGCUGUUGGUUUGGAAGAUGGAAUGUUUGCUUUGGCCGAGCCUCUUCUUCCAGGGUUUCCAGGGUUGGAAGGCUCGGGAUUUGAGCCACCGGAAGGAGUCGGUUUCAGGUUGGAGGAGCAGGGGGGCAUGGUUCCAGGGCCGAACCAGGUUCCCUCCUUUGACUCACAUGGUGGCACUCAGCAAAGGGUUUCGGAUUUUGAUGAGAAAACGGGGCAACUUGUAACGGGAUCACGGACGCUGGUGGGAGUGGGCGAGACAUGGGGUGAAGUGGAACAGAGGGAAGGGAGGCGGGAUGCAAGAGCUGAAAGGGAGCAGCAAAUUGAGUUGGAGCAACAGCGGCAGAGAGAGCUGGAGCAACAAGAGCAGCAGAGGAGGCUGGAGCAGCAGAAGGAGUUGGAGAAACAGGAGCAGCAGAGGAGGCUGGAGCAGCAAAGGGAGGUGGAGAAACAUGAGCAGCAGAGGAGGCUGGAGCAGCAAAGGGAGGUGGAGAAACAUGAGCAGCAGAGGAAGCUGCAGGAGCAAAGGGAGUUGGAGAAACAGGAGCAGCAGAGGAGGCUGCAGCAGCAGAGGGAGUUGGAGAAACAGGAGCAGCAGAGAAAGCUGGAGCAGCAAAGGGAGGUGGAGAAACAGGAGCAGCAGAGGAGACUGGAGCAGCAGAGGAGACUGGAGCAACAGAAGGAGUUGGAGAAACAGCGGCAGUGGGAGUUGGAGAAACAAAGGGAGUUCGAGAAACAAGAGCAGCAGAGGAGGCUGGAGCAACUUAGGAAUCUGGAGAUGCAGCGGCAGAGGGAGCUUGAGAAACGAGAAGAGCAGAGGAGGCUGGAGCAAGAGAGGGAGUUGGAGAAACAGCGGCAGAGGGAGCUGGAGUUACAGGAGCAACAGCGGAAGGAAGAGCAGCAGAGGAAGCUGGAGCGACAGAGAGAGUUGGAGAAGCAGAGGGAGUUGGAGAAACAGAGGGAGUUGGAGAAGCAGAGGGAGUUUGAGAAACAGAGGGAGUUGGAGAAGCAGAGGGAGUUGGAGAAACAGAGGGAGUUGGAGAAGCAGCGGGAGUUGGAGAAACAGAGAGAGCUGGAGAAACAGAGAGAGUUGGAGAAACAGGAGCAGCAGAGGAAGCUGGAGCAAGAGAGGGAGUUGGAGAAACAGCGGCAGAGGGAGCUGGAAUUACAGGAGCAGCAGCGGAAGGAAGAGCAAAAGAGGGAGUUGGAGAAACAAGAGCAGCAGAGGAAGCUGGAGCGACAGAGGGAGUUGGAGAAACUGGAGCAGCAGCGGAAGGAAGCACACCAGCGGGAGUUGGAAAAACAAGAGCAACAGAGAAAGCUGGAGCAGCAGAGGGAGGAAGAGCAACAGAGAGAGUUGGAAAAUCAAGAGCAACAGAGGAAGCUGGAGCAGCAUCAACGAGAGGUGGAGAAACAGCAGCAGACGGAGCUGGAGUUACAAGAGCAGCAGAGGGAGCAGCAGAGGGAGCAGCAGCAGCAGGAGCAGCAUGGCAAAGGCCAGACUUCUUGGAAGGAGGGGGAGGAGAAAGUAGAGGAGGAGGUGGGGGAGAAGUCUAGCGAGGGAGAGGGACAUGUGGCAGGGGCAGGGGAGCAUCCAACAGGCUUAGGGGAGAAAAGGGAGGAAGAAGAAGUCGGAGUUAAUGUGGUGGGAAGGGAUACGGGAAGUGUUGAGGUGGAAAGGGAUGCGAGAGAUAGUGAGGUGGAGAAGGAAGAGGGGGCGGCUGAAGUGGAACGUGAAGAAGAAAGUGCUGAUGUGGAGAGGGAGAGGCAUGGAUUGGGAAAAGGAAACUGGUUUGAAGACGGCAGUGAAUACGGCAAAGGGAAGCAGAAGGUAAAGCUUCUGGCAGCCUUGGAUAAGGAAGAGAAAGUGGAGGAGGACGAGGAGGAGGUGGAGGAGGUAGAGGAGGAAGAGGAGGAAGAGGAGGAGGAUGAUAUAGAGGAGUGGGUGUGUGCCAAGGAGAAUCGAUAUCGGAGACUGAGUGCCGAAGAGAAGAGGUGGAAGCAGCAGGCAAAGGGUAUGAACGAGAGUGGGGAACGGAGGGGCAAGAGAGAUGUUGUGAAGAGUGAGGAGCCGGCAGGGAGGAGAAAGAAAGUCAAGAGACGGAAGCUCGCGGAUUGGCUGCCGACACAGAUAGUGAGAGGUGAGGAGGAGAAGGAGGGGGUAGAGGUAGAGGAGAAGGAGGAACGUAUAGAGGAGGCUUUUAUAGAGGCGCCUGAAAACCACAAGGAGGAAGAGGUUGGGGCGAAGGAGGAAGGAGACGAGUUUGCUUUUGGGGCGCCUGGAAAGCAGGAGGUGGAAGAGGUGGAGGUGAAGGUGGAAGGGGUAGGGGCGAAGGUGGAAGGGGCAGGGGCGAAGGUGGAAGGGGCAGGGGCGAAGGUGGAAGGGGCAGGGGCGAAGGUGGAAGGGGUAGGGGCGAAGGUGGAAGGGGCAGGGGCGAAGGUGGAAGGGGCAGGGGCGAAGGUGGAAGGGCAGCAACAGGAAGAGGAAGUGGAGGAGGUGGAUGAGAAGGGGGGAGAAAUGGAAGAGGUGGAGGAGAAGGGGCGAGACGAGGGAGGAGAGGAGGAAUUGAAGGUGGGAUUGGCUGUUGAAGAGAAGAAGGAAAUACUGCUGCAGGAGCAGCAGCAGCAGCAGGAGCAACAGGAGCAACAGGAGCAACAGGAGCAACAGGAGCAACAAGAGCAGCAGCAGCAGCAGGGGGAGGAGGAGCAGCAGGAGGAGAAGUUGGAAGUGUCUCUGGAAGAGAAGACGGCUAUACGGCAGAAACAUCAGCAAGAGGAGGAGCAGGAGCAGGAGCAGAAGGAGCAGCAGGAGCAGCAGCAGGAGGAAGAACAGCAUACGAAGGAAUUGGGGGAGGCAAAGGAGCUAAAAGAGCAGGAGAAAGGCAGGGAACAGGAGCAAAGGGGACAGCACGAUGUGGAGCAGGAGCAAAAGGGGAUUCAUGUCACACCUGCUGCUGUAGGGACAGAGGGCAGGGCGGCAACCCAUGUUGCGGCAUUGAACAAGAAGCGGAAGCAUGGAGAAGCGUUCGUGGAGGAUGCUGAAGAAGCUGCUGGCCCUGAGCCGUCUGCUGCUCCUGUGUCAUCUGGAGCUGCUGAGCCCUCUGGAGGUGCUGCUUUUGAAUUGCUUGCUGCUGCUGCUUUUGAAUCGCCUCCUGCUGCUGCUUCUGAACCGCCCGCAGCUGCUGCUCCUGAUUUGCCUGCUGCUGCUGCUGCUGCUGCUGCAGGAACAUCUGAUACGGAAAUGGAGGGAGCUGCUGGUAGGGCGAAGGAUGAGAGCUGGGAGCCUGAUGCAGGAGAUAAAAGGGGGGAGAGUGAAGAGAAGAAGGCUGGAGAGGAAGAGGUAAGAGGAGAGAAGGUUGGGGAAAGGAAGAAUGGCGGAAACGAGGGAAGGGAAGAGGAGAGUGAAAUGGAGGUUGGAGGAAUGUUGGGCAGCGAAAUGGGCGGGAUAAAAGCGGAAGGCAGGAAUGUGGGACGUGGCAAGGGCAGUAGAGAGGAAGGGAGGGCGAUGGAGAGUAUGAGAAAGAGGGACCGUGGGGCAAAGGAGAGUGGGAAAAGGGCGAAGGGCACCCAGAUUAUACAACGUGACGUACAACCUACGCCAGCACAGCCCUCCCCAGCUCUACCUCCCCCAAUAGAGGGCCCUCUUGGUCUGAAGUGGGAAGAGGAGGAGGAAGAGGAGGAGGAGGAGGAGGAGGCAGAGGAAGAAAAGCAAGGGGGUGAAGAAGAGGGGGAGAGAGCAGGCAGUAGCACGGAAGGGGGUCGGAAGGAGAAUGGAGAGAGUGAGAAGGAUGAGAUGGCAGCUGAUGCUGGGGGAGAGAGUGCAUGGGACCAAGGGGGGGCAGGCGAGGGGGAAGUGGAGGCAGAGAAGGAGGAGGAGAGAAUGAUUGGGUCUGGGGAAGAGGAGUGUACUCCAGAGAAUGGGAAUGGCGCUGCUGAGCCGCCUGAAGCAGACAGUGGGAUGGGUGAUGCGGUCGAAGUGGAUACCGGGGUUGACGAAGUGGCAGAUGGAAAAGAGUUGAAGGCAGAAGGGAAGGGGAGAGGUGUUGAGUUGGUGCAGAAGGAUGUCGAGGCUGUGGUGGUGAGGGACGGGAGUGAGGGGUGGGUCGAGUCGGGUAGUCAGGAGGAAGAGGGGGCGAGGGAGAAGGCGAUAGGUGCUGAGCAUGGCAUGGAGGAGGGAGUGGGCUUGAGAGAAAUAUCGCCAGCAGCAGUAGCCGCAGGAGCUGCAACAGCUUCAGCAACAGAACUAACAAGAGAGGGUACGGAGGCAGAUGUGCAGGUUGAGGAGGAACCUGGGAGAAGUGCAGAUGAGGAGGAGGUAGGGGUUCGUGAUGGGGAGAAUCUGGAUGGAUCAGCGGUGGAAGAGGCGCCAGAGUGCGGCUGUAGGGAACAGGGGGAGAAAGGGGAGGAGAGAGAGGAGGAGAAAGUGGAGGAAAAAGAGGAGGAGAAAGAGGAGGAGAAAUUGCAGGAAAGAGAAGAGGAGAGAGAGGAGGAGAAAGAGGAGAGAGAAGAGGAGAGAGAAGAGGAGAGAGAGGAGGAGAAAGAGGAGGAGAAAGAGGAGGAGAGAGGAGAGGAGAAAGAGGAGGGGGAAAAAAAGGGAGCUGACGUUGAAGAAACGGGAAUGGAUGAGAGCGAUAAGGCAGCAGUGGGGGAGGGGAGAGAUGGCAGCGAGGAUGUGGUUGAGCACGGUUCCCUGCGGUCAUAUUCACCUGUUGAAGUGGUGCCAGGAGAGGUAGAGGUGGACACGGACGGAGAGGUCAACGCACAGGCAGGGGAGAGGGUGGAUGGAGGAGCACCAGCGGAAGAGGGGGGUUCAGAAGAGGGGGGUUCAGAAGAGUUAGGGCCAGGUGACGAGGCAGGUGUGGUGGAAGUGGACACAGAGGCAGCUAGUACUGGGGUGAAGGAGAGACUUAGGUUGCGAGAAGCGAGACCAGAGGCAGCAGUAUCAGGUGAAGCAGCCGCAGAAGAAGGAGCAGAAGCGGCAGAAGGGGCAGGUAGAGAGGCAGAUGUGGUGGAGGUAGAAACAGAGCCACCUAGUACUCGGGUCCAGGAACUUGGAUUGCGAGGAGUCACAGAGGCAGCGGAAGCAUCAGCAUCAGAAGCAGCAGAAGCAGCAGAAGCAGAAGCAGCAGAAGCAGAAGCAGCAGAAGCAGAAGCAGAAGCAGCAGACCCAGAAGCAGCAGAAGCAGAAGCAGAAGCAGCAGACUCAGAAGCAGCAGAAGCAGAAGCAGAAGCAGCAGAAGCAGCAGAAGGGGCUGGUGGGGAAGCAGACGUGGUGGAAGUAGGCUCGGCAACAGAGGAAACUGGGUUGAAGGAAGUUGGGGGGAUGGCAGCAACAGAGGAAGAGGUGCAGGAAGUGGAAAUGGAACCACACAGACCAAAACCAGCAGGAACUCGGACGGGGGAACUUGCGUUUGAAGCACUAGGAACAGAGGCAGCAGAAGCAGAAUCAGAAGCAGAAGCAGAAGCAGCAGCAGCAGCAGCAGAAGCAGAAGCAGAAGCAGAAACAGCAGCAGCAGCAGAAGCAGCAGCAGAAGCAGCAGAAGCAGCAGGUGGGGACGAUGCCGGUGGCGUGGUAGUAGAGAGAGCGAGGAAGAGGAGGAGAGUGCGGCCCAUGAUGAGACGAGUGCAGUCAGUCACAGAUGCUGCUGCUAAGGCUAUGGAAGCAGCUGGCCACGCUCUUAGCCCCGCCAAAGCGGUUAAGCCUAUGGAAGCAGCUGACCAGGCGCGAAACGCGGGUGAGACACAGCCUGGUGGUGCGGAUGAUUCUACUGAUCGUGCUGCUGCUGCUGGUGAUGCUGGUGAUGCUGGUGAUGCUGGUGGUGCUGGUGGUGGUGGUGGUGUAGUGGCGGCUGCUGCCGCCCUUCAUGCAGCGGCUGAUUCCGAUUCCAUACACACGCAUAUACACUCACAUGGUGACGUUGGCAGCGGUAGUGAUGCGGCUACUCAUUCAGAGUCGCCGGUGUCCGUGUCUCCAUCUCCCUCCCUCUCCCCUCUUCCGUCCCCAACUCCAUCAACAACUCCGUUAGCAUCACUGUCUGCAACACCAUCAGCAUCGAAAUCAGCAUCACCAUCACGAUCACCAUCACGUUCCCCGUCAGUGUCUGCCUCUAGGUCCCCCUCACCACCUCGCAUUCCCCCCAAAACAAAGGUGAAAAGAGCGACGAGUAAAGACGCAGCAGCAAAAGCAGCAGCUGCGAGAGGAGAGGAAGGAGAAGUAGGAGCCGCGGCAGCAGCAGGAGUAAAAACAGCAGAAGCGGGGGAGGCAGCAGAGCAAACAGCAGAGCCCGAGCCCACAGAAGCACCAGCACCAGCACGAGCACGAGCACCAGCACGAGGCACAGGGUCAUCCAUCCUCUCGCCCAAGCCCAGGGCCCCACUGUUCUGCUUGGAUGGGUUCGAAGCAGGAGACGUGGUGUGGGCAAAAUCCGGGCGGAAAAAAGACCCCUGGUGGCCUGCCCGUGUGGUGGAUCCCAUUUACGAAGCCCCUGCUGCUGUUAGGAGCGCAGCAGAAGCGGACCGCCUCUGCGUCAUGUUCUUCGGCCCGUCGCUUAGCAAAAAGCGGGAUCGGGAUUACUCGUGGGUGCCUGAGGGCAGCAUUCUGCCGUUUCUGGACUUCUUGGUUAAGUAUGAGAGCCAGCCGCUGACUACUCGGAACCGGCCCAAGGAUUUCAGGAAGGCGGUGGAAGAGGCAGUGCUAGAGAGUGAAGGGAUGGUGGGGCAUGAGGAGAUGGCGGAGGGGGGAGGGGGAGGAGCGGGAGGAGGGGAGGGAGGAGUGGUGGGGGAUGGUGAGGAUGGGGAGCAGGGGCGGGAGGGGAAUGAGGCUGGCACGAAUGCUUCUAGCGGUGGUGGUAGUAGUGGUGGUGCUGCUGGUUAUGGAGUUGCUGCUGUUGGAACCACGGCUGCUGCUGCUGCUGCUGCCGCUGCUCUUACCAAAUCUGCUGCUGCUGCUGCUGCCGGUGGGAGGGGAGGCGGGAGGUCAGGCGGGUUGGUGGGUGCAGCGAAGGGGGGAUCAGCAGCAGCAGCUGGGUUGGCAGGGGCUGGAGAUGAGGCGGACGGCAUGAUGUGUGUGGGGUGCCGGAUCAUGCCUGGCGUUAUAGGCAGGCCCACUCGUACCCUCGACGACCUGAGCAAGGGCACCAGCCGGUCGGGGAAAGCGGGUCAGAGCAGGCACAGCGGCGGUAGGGCUGUUGUUGCGAGCCGUGAUGAUGGUGCUGCGGAGAGUGCCGGAGACAGUGCCGGUGCCUGUGCUGCUGUUGCUGCUGGUGUUGGGGCUGGUCGGGCUGGGGCUGGUCGUGCUGGGGCUGGUCGUGCUGGUGCUGCCACAGAAAGCACAGCAGGCAGCAGCUACACCCAACGUCUAGUGGACGAGCUGCUAGACUCCGUGCCCCUCUGCAUUCAGUGCCGGAAGCUCUUCCAAUCGACGCAGUUCUGCCCGCUGUGUCUGCUCGUGUGGCUGCCGAACGAGAAGGGUGAUUUCGCCCACUGCGACCGGUGCGAGCUGUGGGUGCAUGCUGAGUGUGACGGGAUCUCGAGGCAGCGGUUGGAUGCGAUUAACAGGGGUGCGGCGUAUUUGUGCCCCAACUGCCGGCAGACGAAGGAGGUGGAGGAGAGGGAGAAGAGGGAGAGGAAGGAGAGGAGGGAGAAGAAGAAGGAGGAGAAGGAGGAGAGGGAGGAGAAGGACAGGGAAGAGAGGGAGGAGAGGGCUAGGAAGGCAGCACAGGCUGCUGCUGCCGCUGCUGCUGCUACUGCUGCUCGGAUGAAGGAGGAGGGGAGGAAUGUAGAGAGAGUUUCAGAGGGGUGGUCUGGUAUGGAGGUGAUAACAGGCAAGGGGUUUGGUUUGGCUGGUGCUCUCCUGGGGAUAGGUGAGGCGAAGCUGGAGUGCCUGCAUGGGGAUCGCCUGAUCAGCCAUGGGAAUGGGCAUGGGCAUGGGCAUGGGCAUGGGCAUGGGCAUGGGCAUGGGCAUGGGGAUGGGGAUGGGCAUGGGGAUGGGGAUGGGAAUGAGAAUAGAGUGAAGGAAGAAUGGGUUGAAAAAACAGCGGUGAGAGAAGUAGGUGUGGGUGGGAAUGGAUACAUGAGCAAUGGUGAUGGCGAUGGCGAUGAUGGUGAUGGUGAUGGUGAUGGUGAUGGCGAUUUCAAGGCACGCCAGGAGAGGAGGCAUGUGGUAGCAACAGAAAAAACACCUGACACAGCUGACUCACUGCCAGACUUCUCACCUGAGAAUUCACCUGACACUCCAUCCUCCUCACCUGAGGCAGAGGCAGAAGGCGACAACAAGAUAGCAGCAGCGCCACCCAUCCCUGCAGCCCACCCGCCAAUGCCCGUCACCUGCGCCUCUUACAAAGGCCUCUACCUCCCCUCCCUGCACCUCGUGCAGUGCUGCUGCCGCUCCUGCCGGCCCAAAACCAAGGACAGUAGCAGCAAGGGCGGCAGCAGCAAGGACGGAAGCAGCAAGGGCGGCGGCAGCAAGAGUAGCAGCGCUAGCAGUGGUGGUGCUGGUGGGGUGGCGGCAGCAGCGGCAGAGGCGUCACUGAUGGCUCUGAGCGAGUUUGAGAAGCACUCUCAGUGCCGCUCCAAGAAGUGGAAGGCGUCGGUGCUGCUGCAGGGCACGGAGAAGAAAACCACCCUCUUCGCCUGGCUCCAGGCGUCCCAAGAGGCGGGCGUGAGGGGCCUUGCAUUCUACGAGGAGCCUCCCCCUCGCAGCCGCCCAGGGAAUCGCCAGCAGGGAAUCAUAUCCACACUGCGCGGAGCGGGCGGCAUGGCAGCCGCAGCAGCAGGAGGGGCGGGCGGCAGUGGGAUGAGGGGCAGGGCGGGUGCGAGGUCCUCAGUCGCGCCGUCAGGCGUGGCCUGGUUGGAAAAGGCUCUAAGUGAACCGUAUGAGGGGGUGGAGUACCGGUGGACGUCGGAGCGGUGUGCGGUGUGCAAUAGCGACGAGGACUCGGAUGCGAGUAGAAUGCUGAUCUGCAUGCGGUGUGAGCUGGGUGUGCAUGAGGAGUGCUAUGGGAUAGUGAGGCAGCCGGGAUCGCCAGGCAGAGGGGGUGGAGGGGGUGGUGGGGGUGGUGGUGGUGGUGGUGGUGGUGGUGGUGGGGUUGGUGGUGGUAGUGGCGGGCGGUCAGUGCCGACUGAUGCUGCUGCCUUUGGCAUGUCGUGGCUGUGCCAACGCUGCGACCGCAGCAGCACUGCCGUUGGUACAGCCACAGACACGGACACUCAUACAGGCGCAGGCACAGGCAAAGGUACAGGGAAAGACAAAGGCAAGGGCAAGCGCAUGGGUAAAGCCUCGGACCCCAUGGCACAACCCUGCCUGGAAGCAGCAAGACAAAGGGCGAGGCACCGGGGAGAAGAGGCCCAGGAGCAGGUGCAACUGCAGCUGCUGCUGCCGCUGCAGCCGCUGCUGCUGCUGCAGCUGCAGCCGCUGUGGCAGGCGUGCUGCAUCUGCCGGCAGCCCUAUGGGGCGUGCAUUCAGUGCGACGGGCCGCGCUGCCUCGUCGCGUAUCACGUGGUGUGCGCCAUGAAGGCGGGUUGGAUCAUGGACGUCCUGCCCAACGAUGAAGGGGAGCUGCUGCGAUGCACCUUCUGCCCCAAGCACAGCAGGGAUCCGAAUCCUGAGCUCGAAGUGAUUGGUCCAGCUGCCCUGGCAGCUGGCAAGCGGCUUGUUGAGCGCGGGGGGCGUCUGAGGAAACGGACUGGAAUCACGGGAUUCGCUGCCAUAGGAGCUGGCACGAUUAAGAGUGAUGUGGGUGAGGGUGAUGGGGAGGUGAGAGGGGAGGUGAGAGGGGAGGUGAGAGGGGAGGAGGAGGAUGAAGAGACGAGAAGGGACGAGCUUGGGGGAACCACCGAGGCGACGCAGGGAGGGAGGAAGAGAGGCCAACGGGAGAGUAGAAAGGGGGCUGAUGGUGCUGAUGGUGCUGAUGGUGCUGAUGGUGCUGAUGGUGAUGAUGUUGCUGGUAAAGAUGGCAAGGGUGAUGCUCAUGAUGCUCAUGAUUUGUGUGGUGCUGAUGCUGAUGGUGGGGAUGGUGAUGGUCAGGGGCGCAAGGAGAUAGUGCCGUACCUGAUUGGGGGCGUGUGCUGGCACGACAGGGAGUCGAUCAUGGAGUUAAGGCACCCAGAGGAGCCGCCCCCAGCCACAUCCCGUGCAGAGCGAAUGAAAGUUGUGCGGGACACGGCGUGGCAGAGAGUCACCUUUGGGCGGUCGGCCAUUCACGACUGGGGGCUGGUGGCGCGGCGAGACAUUGAGGAGGGCGACAUGGUGGUGGACUAUCGAGGGGAGGCGUUGAGGAGGAGUGUGGCGGAGCUGAGGGAGAAGAGAUACCUCGACAGAGGGGAGCUGUGCUAUCUGUUCAAGGUGGACGAGGAGAGGGUGGUGGAUGCCACGAUGGCCAGCAACUACGCGAGAAUGAUGAACCACUCUUGCAACCCCAACUGCUUUGCCAAAAUCUUCGACAUAGAGGACAAGAAUGGUAACCCGAGUCCGAUCAUCGUCAUCAUUGCUCGCCGCCCCAUUCGCAUGGGAGAGGAGCUAACGUACGACUACCGGUUUGACCGCGAGGAAAAGGACCGAGUUCCGUGCCGCUGCGGUGCCGCCACGUGCCGGUCCUUCAUGAACUGAUGCUUGCCGCGUGCCACGUGCUCUGAAGCUGCGAGAUGCUUCUUUUCGGGCCGCCUCAACCGAGUGCGGUGCUCCUGCGGUGCUGCCACGUGCCGGUCCUUCAUGAACUGAUCUUUGCCACGUGAACCGAAGCUGCGAGAUGCUUCUUUUCGGGUCGCCUCAAACGGGGUGCGGUGCUGCUGUGGUGCUGCUGCGGUGCUGCUGCGGUGCUGCCAUGUGCCGAUCCUUCAUGAAUUGAUGCAUGCUCUGCUAACUGAUGCUGCUUUGAGGCACCCUCACUCACAAAAAGUGCUGUGCUGGCUGCUGACAGAUGGUUGCUGCUGCUGGAUGCCUGAUGCCAGAUGGCUGACACUAACAGGUGGAUGCUCAACGCACACUGACUGAAACACAGACUCAUUCUGAGACUGACGCAGCAGCUGACACACACGCUGACACACAGACUGAUCCUUAACACUGACAAGACUCGUGUGCUAAUACAUAGACUGACACAAACAUUGACUCAUGCGAGACAAUCCUGACUACACGCAUAUACUGUAGGUGCCUAAUACGGGCUUUUACGCCGACGGGUUUGAUAUGCAAGCUAUGGGUGAUUGUAAUGCUGAUUUGAUAGUUUCCACACUUGUAGGUGCUUUGAUGGAUGAAUGGAUGC